GGCGUUCCGGUUGCCAUGGCGGCGGCGGCGGGGGCGGGGAGAAGCCGCGGGGGCCGCCGGGAGAGCGGGUCGUUCCGCGCAUGUGGUGACGGGAGGGCCGAGGAGGCCGUUAACCGCCGUUAUCUGCCGUUAACCGUCGGGAUGAGCAGCGGCGCCCGGCCCCAGGGCAGGAGGAGGAGGGCCGCCCGCCUCAGCCCGCCGUCCUCCGCCAGCUCCGAGGGCGAGGAGCCCCUCAGUCCCUCCGGCUGCUCCUCCGCGUCUCGCCCCAGCUCCCCGAGCGGCCUGGAGGAUGAGGAGGAGCGGGCGGCGGGCUCCCGGAGCCGGAAGUCUGAAGACUCUGAAAUAGCAGGGGGAGAAAAAGAGUCACCUUUGAAAGAUAACCUUUCACCAUGGGAAGAAUGGUUCAUUGGAAAAGAGAAGGAGCUACGUGCCCGCUUACAAGCUAGAGCUGCAGAGGAAAUGAAUACACAGCUCGAGAAGAUGAAGCAAAAGCAAGAACGUGAAAGGAGGAAAAGGAUAGCUGAAGAGAAACACAAGGAAUGGGUAGAGAAAAAAAGAGAAGAGGAAAGAAGAGAAAGGGAACGAAAGUUGAGCAAAGAAAUGGCUGAAAAAGCCACAAGGGAACUAGAAAAAAUGCAGCUACAGGAAAAGGCUGAAGUAAAGUAUAAAGAAUGGUUAAAGAAGAAGAGAGCUGAAGAGGCGGAAAAGAAGAAGAAAGAGAAGGAGAAAGAAAAAGAAAAGGAAGCUGAACUACAGGAAAAGAAAGAGAGAUCGGAGAAGAUCUUUAAGGAAUGGCUACAUAAUGCCAGAAGUAAACCACGUCCUGUUUUAAAUGGUUAUGGCUUCCCAUGUGGGAAGUCUACAGGGUGUGCUAAUGGAAAUUUGUAUCCAGCUCCAGCAUAUUGUAACCCCAUUCCUUGGAAACCUGUACAUGUGCCUCCUCCAAAGGAAGACAAUGUUCCUACCAUGAAGAAGAAGAGACCUGUGUCUUGUCAGUCACGUGCAUCUUCAUCUAUGGUAAUUCAUAAACCCAAGAGCAGCCAUUGUGUUGGAUCCUUGUGCAGAAAGCAGUUAUAGUACGGAAAACAAAUCCGUUCUUAUGAUCUUGAGUGAACUGGGCCAUAAAUAUGAAGUUAUAUGUAGUUAGAUGUCCAAAACAGGCUGCUCUACUUUUUAAAAACUGUUUGUGAAUGUUUUGUAUUUAUAGCUAAUUGACCUAUCAGCUUUUUUAUAUGGUUUUUAUAUGUUGCUUUUUAGUAAAAAAAAAAAAACAAUAAAAAUAAAAAAGUACUAUUUAGCCAAUUGUAGUGGGUCUGUGCCUCAAUACUAAUAAAAUGCACAGGUUUGUUUAUUCCUUUC